AUGUGGAAACUUAUGGAAGAAGCAAGAAAGAGCAUGAACUGCAUGGAGCGAGUUCUUGAGGAGCUGACAAAAGAAUUUUGGGAGGAAAAACCAAGAAAUCAGAAUAACAAACCUGAUGAUAAUGAAGAAGGAUUCUCCCCAGAAGAAUUGAAUGUGAAAGUACUUGGAAGAAAAGUGCUGGUGACUGGAAAACACGAGAAGAAAAGUGAUGAUGGCAGCAGCUCUUCCAGCUACAAAUAUGAAGAGUUCAGGAGAGAAUUUCACCUGCCAGAAGAUGUCGAUGCUGAAGCUCUUAACUGCAGUUUGUCACAGGACGGUCGGUUAAAGGUUCAAGCCGCACGCCUGGCACUGCCAGCUGUGAAUGAACAAACCGUGCCCGUCAACAUCACCUCGGAUACAACAACCAGUCCCCGGCUAAAUCCUGGUCAAGAGACACAGAAACUGGAGAGUGGAAAAUAUGAGAGGAAAGAUGAGGAGCAAGUAAAAAUGGACAAUUAA